GGGGAAUUGGGGCUCCGUCGCCGCGGAGGACAGCCUUUCCGCGCGGGACUCCGGGCACCGCGGGGUCAUGUAAGCAGCUGUCUUCCAGAAGGCCACGCCGGGCAUGGACACCGCUUUCUAUACCUGCAGGAGCACAGGGGGUAGUGUGAUCACCCGGUCACAAAACUGCUAAGGCCAUCUCAGGGGCGUGUGCGCCAGGACAGGAAGGCGGCGUCGGAGGGCCACAGAACCAUGCCUUUUGGUCUGAAGCUCCGCCGGACACGGCGCUACAACGUCCUGAGCAAGAACUGCUUCGUCACGCGGAUCCGCCUGCUGGACAGCAAUGUUAUUGAAUGCACACUGUCUGUGGAAAGCACGGGGCAAGAGUGCCUGGAGGCUGUGGCCCAGAGGCUGGAGUUGCGGGAGACGCACUACUUUGGCCUUUGGUUUCUCAGCAAGAGCCAGCAAGCACGAUGGGUGGAGCUGGAGAAACCGCUGAAGAAACAUCUGGACAAAUUCGCUAAUGAGCCUCUGCUUUUCUUCGGAGUCAUGUUCUAUGUGCCAAAUGUGUCAUGGCUUCAGCAAGAGGCCACAAGAUAUCAGUAUUACCUGCAAGUYAAAAAAGACGUGCUUGAAGGCCGGUUGCGGUGUACCUUGGAACAGGUGAUUCGACUGGCUGGCUUAGCUGUGCAAGCUGAUUUUGGAGAUUAUAAUCAGUUUGAUUCUCAAGAUUUCCUCCGAGAGUAUGUGCUAUUUCCUAUGGAUUUGGCCCUGGAAGAGGCUGUUCUAGAAGAGCUGACCCAGAAAGUGGCCCAAGAACAUAAAGCUCACAGCGGAGUCCUGCCAGCAGAAGCUGAGCUAAUGUACAUCAAUGAAGUGGAACGUCUGGAUGGAUUUGGACAGGAAAUCUUCCCUGUGAAGGACAAUCAUGGAAACAGUACGCACCUUGGCAUUUUCUUUAUGGGGAUCUUUGUGAGAAACAGGAUUGGAAGACAAGCAGUAAUAUAUAGGUGGAAUGACAUUGGGAACAUCACUCACAACAAGUCGACCAUUCUAUUGGAGCUCAUCAACAAGGAAGAGACUGCCCUCUUUCACACGGAUGAUAUCGAAAAUGCCAAGUAUAUUUCUCGGUUAUUUACUACACGGCACAAGUUUUACAAACAAAACAAAAUCUGCACCGAACAAUCAAAUUCGCCACCCCCCAUCAGACGCCAGCCCACCUGGAGCCGAUCUUCCCUGCCCAGACAGCAGCCGUACAUUUUGCCUCCCGUGCACAUGCAGUGUGGCGAGCAGUACUCGGAAACACACACUUCACAAGACAGCAUUUUCCACGGGAAUGAAGAGGCCUUGUAUUGCAAUUCUCACAACAGCCUGGACUUAAAUUACUUAAAUGGCACUGUCACCAAUGGCAGUGUGUGUAGUGUUCACAGUGUCAACUCCCUCAGCUGCUCCCAAAGCUUCAUCCAGGCUUCUCCCGUCUCCUCCAACCUCAGUAUCCCUGGGAGCGACAUCAUGCGGGCUGACUACAUCCCUAGCCACCGGCACAGUGCCAUCAUUGUGCCAUCUUACAGGCCAACCCCCGAUUAUGAGACGGUCAUGCGGCAGAUGAAGAGGGGGAUGAUGCACGCAGACAGCCAGAGCCAGUCUCUGCGGAACCUCAACAUCAUCAACACCCACGCCUACAACCAGCCCGAGGACCUGGUGUACAGCCAGCCGGAGAUGCGCGAGAGACACCCCUACACGGUCCCGUAUGGGCCACAAGGGGGUUACAGUCACAAACUUGUCAGUCCAUCUGACCAGAUGAACCCGAAGAACACCACGGUGCCCAGCAAGGCAGGGGCAAGUGCCAUCUCACACACGGUGAGCACCCCAGAGUUGGCCAACAUGCAGCUCCAAGGCAGCCAUCACUACAGCACUGCCCACAUGCUUAAGAACUAUCUCUUCAGGCCACCUCCCCCCUACCCGCGGCCCCGCCCUGCCACCAGCACCCCAGACCUCGCCAGCCACCGCCACAAGUACGUCAGUGGCAGUAGUCCGGACCUGGUGACACGGAAGGUGCAGCUGUCAGUAAAGACCUUCCAAGAGGACAGCUCUCCGGUGGUGCACCAGUCUCUCCAGGAGGUCAGCGAGCCCCUCACGGCCACCAAGCACCAUGGCACGGUGAACAAGCGCCACAGCCUGGAGGUGAUGAACAGCAUGGUGCGAGGCAUGGAGGCCAUGACUCUGAAGUCGCUUAACAUCCCCAUGGCCCGCCGCAAUACGCUGCGGGAGCAGGGGCCUCCAGAGGAGGGGCCCGGCGGCCACGAGGUCCACCAGCUUCCUCAGUACCACCACAAGAAGACGUUCUCCGAUGCCACCAUGCUGAUCCACAGCAGCGAGAGCGAGGAGGAGGAGGAGGCCUCGGAAGCCGUGCCGCAGAUCCCCGUGCUGCGGGGGAAGAUGGAGUACAGCGCCCAGCUGCAGGCCGCCCUGGCCCGGAUUCCAAACAAGCCCCCGCCCGAGUACCCCGGGCCCAGAAAGAGUGUUAGCAACGGGGCUCUGAGGCAAGACCAGGGGAACCUUCCUCCUGCCAUUGCCAGAGCCCGGGUAAUGAGGCACGGGCCCGCCAAGGCCCUCAGUGUCUCCCGAACUGAUCAGCUGGCCAUCAACGGGUCCUCUCUGGGGCCGUCCAUCUCCGAACCCGACCUGACAAGUGUGAAGGAGCGGGUCAAAAAAGAGCCUGUGAAGGAGAGACCUGUGUCGGAAAUGUUUUCCCUGGAAGACAGCAUUAUAGAAAGAGAGAUGAUGAUUAGGGUAAGUUCCUCCCAGGGCAUCGUUAGUGGGAAAGCACAAGUACUGGAGUCACUGAAGGAGGCGUGAGGCCUUCGCAGGGAACGUGCCAUGUGUUUACAGAAUCACUGGGCAUUAACAGGCAGCAUUUCAGUUCGCCAGACCUUGUUUUCCAUUCUCAUUCUUGACUUCUAGUGGGUUUGGUUUGUACAAAGUGCUACGAUUGAGUUAGGAUGCUAUGGAGGUCAGUGCCUAGGUCAGGGCCAGGAUUUUGCUCUUUAUUCAGGGUUCAGACUUCCAGUUGCUGCUAGAAGCUUGCCUAUCUACAUCUCUUCGUGGUUAGCAUGAAAGGACCAGGCCGGACACAUACUUCACGGAUCAUUUCAGCCUUUUAUUCAGGAACGGCAUUACACCCACAGGAAUGGACCCACUCUCCUGGUGGAAAAUGAGCCACUGGCCAAAGGAGGAGUUUGGGCUUGGAGGUUCUACUGAGAGGUGAUUUAGUGAGCAUGUCAGUUAGAGCACUUAGAAAUUUGGAUUUGGGGGUUUGAGUUCAGUGGCCAGCACCUGGAGAGGGUUUAUCUUGGAUGAAAUGAGGGGAUGAUGAAGAGGGGGAUGAUGUCAUUCUAGGUGUGAUGAAACAGUUUCUCCCCACC